AUGGAUCGAACAAAAUGGCUGGAUGGUCUCCGCGGCAUUGCAGCCGCCAUCGUCGCCAUUGACCAUUUUUUCAUGGGCGAUAUUUGGCAUCCAUUCAAGUCAUUUUGGGCCGAUCCACCAGAAGAAAAUAGGCGUUUAAUACAGCUCCCUCCUAUUCGUAUUCUCUUCUCGGCACAUGCGAUGGUGACUCUUUUCAUGGUUAUUUCAGGAUAUGCAAUUUCUAUCAAUCUCAUAAGAGCUAGAGAACAGCAGAAUCAGACACAUCAACGGGGGCCGUCAUUUUUCAAUCGGCUCUCUUCUGCUGUGAUGCGACGAAUUUUUCGAAUCUACCUGCCCGUCUUGGUCAUCUCGAUUAUUAGUCAACUGCUGUUCUUUUUCAAUCUUUACAAUUGGACCUUUGACGAAGGCGUUCUAAGGGGGAUCAAGCCCUGGACUUCACCAUGGGCUCACUUCAAGUGGUUAAUAAUUUACAUGAUGGACAGCAUGAAUAUGAUAGCCUUUGAAUACAAUGGAGGUUUCAAUGGGCAAUUGUGGACAAUGCCGGUUGAGUACCGGGGGUCGUGCGUUAUUUAUCUUUUUAUCAUCGGCCUGGCGAGCUGGAAACGAAAUUUUAGACUAUGGACAUUGCCCACUCUGGCAGUCUAUUUUCUCUGGUAUGGAAUCUGGGAUAUCUUUGGCUUCCUCUGGGGACUCUGGCUAGCGGAGAGGACGGUCGGUAGUAAUGGCUUCGCAGAUCAUAGGACAGCCGAGCAUGAAAUGCACUCGCUGAAUGAAAUGAACGAAGUUACCGAUGAUUACUUCGAAGAUUCCGAGAAGUUGCUGCCUUUAUAUCGGUUUCCUGCCCGUAAUUACUGGCGACGUUUUGCCACGUCAAGUCGGAUGGCUCUCGCAUCCAACAUACUGACUGCGGCCGCUUUCAUGAUGGGAAUUCAUCUUCUUUGCCUCGGGGACGACGGACACCUUACUCCAGGCUAUCAAUGGCUGGAAGCAUUGAACUCUCACAAAUGGAAAGACAACUGGCAAGUUUAUCAUUGGUGCUGGAAGUCCGUUGGUGCAUCGCUACUUGUCUACGCUGUGAGCAAUUCACGGAUGCUGCAGAAACCGUUGAACACUCGCUUUGUCCAGUACUUGGGCAAAAUCUCCUUUUCCUUAUAUCUGGUUCACCAGGCAAUCUAUCAUUUAUGGAGAGAUCCGUUAAGGAAUUGGAUCUAUUUGACAAUAAGUGGAAGUCCUUAUCCCGGCACUGCGGGUGCUGAUCCAGUAUCUUUCCACUUGACUUGGUGGAUUUCGGGAUUCAUUCUCGGACCAAUCGUGGCUAUUGCAGCGCAUUACUACACCAUCUAUGUGGAUAAUAGAUGUGUGACGUUUACUAAGAGGGUUUCUUCCGCUUUGUGA